AUGCCCAUUCUCAUAACUCAACAGGACGGCCGCGAAGUCGACCUGCUUCACUACAUCUUCUCCCGCCCCGAUAUCAAGCAGUUGCGCGGGAACCCUGAAAAGGUCCUGGCUGCCAUUGAUGAUUACUGCCAGAAGUUCAAUCUGCUUAUGAACGUGGGCCCAACGAAAGGCCCGUUCGUCACCAAUCUCAUCGCCGAGCGCAAGCCGUCAAUCAUGAUCGAGCUAGGCGGAUAUAUUGGCUACUCGGCCAUUCUUUUUGCUGCAGCCGUGCGCGCAAAUGGAGGGAAGCGAUUCUUGAGCCUUGAGAACAACCCCGAAAUGGCGGCUGUCGCGAAUCAACUGGUCGAGUUGGCGGGUCUGCGCGAUACUGUGCAGAUCCUGGUCGGCUCAAGCAGUGACUUGCUGAUGGAGAUUAUUUCAGAACAGAAGGACAUUCAGCGCGUGGAGAUGCUGUUCCUGGACCACUGGCAGGAUCUUUACUUGCCGGAUCUAUGGCUGCUGGAGCAGUUGGAUGUCUUGGUCCCAGGGACCUCGGUCUUGCUCGCGGAUAAUGUGAUUAUGCCCGGGGCGCCGAAGUAUCUGGAGUGGGUGAAGGCGACUCCCGCGCAGAAGAAGGAAUUGGUGAAGAAACUGGGCACAGGAUCUCCGGUGCCCAAGCCGGAACUGGUGUACGACACGACAGUGCACGAGUUUGAGGCUGAGUUUGGCAAGGAUGGCAUUGCAGUUACCGAGAUCAAGGCAUAA